AUGGCCCAAGAACUGAAAGCCAAGGGCAACGAGCUCUUCAAAGCAGGCGAUUUCAGCGGCGCUGAAGAAUACUUCUCCCAAGCAAUCCAAAAGAACCCGCACGAUGCAACAUUCUUCACAAACCGCGCGAUAACGCGUAUCAAACUCGCCAAAUGGGCGGGCGUUGAACACGAUGCUCGCGCCGCGAUCGAUAUUUACGGGCUGAAGAAUCCGGCCGUCCUCAAGAGCUGCUACUACCUUGCCCAGGCCCUGCUGGGCCUCCAGCGCCCACAGGAAGCAUACGAAGUCGCCAGCGACGCAUACAAACAGAGUCUGGAAGCGAAGAGUGUCCAGACAGAGAAUCUGUCUCGGACGGUGCUGCGCGCUAAGCAGCAGAUUUGGGCUGCGAAGGAGACUGCUCGGGUGCGGGAGCUCGAUGAGACUCUGGGCGCUGUCGAGGCUCUUAUUGAGGCUGAUUUGACGCGUGCGCUGGGCGAGUUGCAGGGCCGUCUGGAUCGCGGGGAGAUUGGCGAGAUCGGAUUUGGGGAGGACGAGAAGGCACUGCGGGAGGAUGCUGAGAAUAAGGUUAAGAACUUGAGGGAGGCAUUUCGCAUUGCUUCCAAGGGUGAGAUUCAAGAACGGGUUGUCCCUGACCAUCUUAUCGACGGCAUCACCUUCGAGAUUAUGCAUGAUCCAGUCAUCACGCCUUCUGGCGUCAGCUACGACCGCAUUGGCAUCACUAAAUAUGUUGAGAAGGCGGGUGUUGAUCCUCUAACUCGCACUCCGAUGUCUGUUAAAGAUCUGCGGAACAAUUACGCUCUCAAGGCAGCGUGUGAGGAGUUCCUGACGAAGAAUGGAUGGGCAGUUGACUGGUGA